UUAAAAGAGGGUGAUUUAUAUGAGCUUCGGUAAAUGCUGCAUAUUGUAUUUCAAAGAGUUUCCUGUCAUGACCUCAUAAAAAGAGGAGGAGGCUUGUAUGUGUUGCAGCGCCUUGUAUAUGUCGAUUUUGUUGCAUCGUUGGGCAGCAGCGCUGUAAGAAGGAAUGUCAGCUUUUACAUAACGCUCUUUUUGCUUCUGACUCUGUGAGGGGCUGUAAGGGUCCAUCUUUGUGAUCACAGAUGGAGUGGAAUGGCUUGAAAAUGUCCUUCCUCUAAAGGAGUAAUUGAAUGGUCCUCUGAAAACUGUGCUGCUUACGAUGUGGAGGGGAGCAAAAAUCUUCAGGAUAAUUAGCACCAUGGAGCCUCAGGUGUCGAAUGGCCCUACUUCCAAUACAACCAAUGGACCCUCCAGCAACAGUAGAAACUGCCCUUCCCCCAUGCAGACAGGAGCUGCUACAGAUGACAGCAAAACCAACCUCAUAGUCAACUAUUUACCCCAGAACAUGACCCAGGAGGAGUUCAGGAGUCUCUUUGGAAGCAUUGGUGAAAUCGAAUCCUGCAAGCUCGUGAGAGACAAAAUUACAGGGCAGAGUUUAGGGUAUGGAUUCGUUAACUAUAUUGAUCCAAAGGAUGCAGAGAAAGCCAUUAACACAUUAAAUGGACUCAGACUCCAGACCAAAACCAUAAAGGUGUCAUAUGCCCGUCCAAGCUCAGCAUCUAUCAGAGAUGCAAACUUGUAUGUCAGCGGCCUUCCGAAAACAAUGACCCAGAAAGAAUUGGAGCAGUUAUUCUCACAAUACGGGCGCAUCAUCACCUCACGGAUUCUGGUUGAUCAAGUCACAGGGGUUUCUCGAGGUGUGGGAUUUAUCCGUUUUGAUAAGAGAAUAGAGGCAGAAGAAGCCAUAAAGGGACUAAAUGGCCAGAAGCCUAGUGGUGCUACAGAACCAAUUACUGUGAAGUUUGCCAAUAACCCCAGCCAGAAAACAAGCCAGGCACUCCUUUCACAGCUGUAUCAGUCUCCCAACAGACGCUACCCUGGACCACUUCACCACCAGGCUCAGAGAUUCAGGCUGGACAAUUUGCUUAAUAUGGCCUAUGGCGUAAAGAGGUUUUCUCCGAUCACAAUUGAUGGUAUGACGAGCCUUGUCGGAAUGAACAUCCCUGGUCACACCGGGACGGGAUGGUGCAUCUUCGUCUACAACUUGUCUCCUGACUCAGACGAGAGCGUGCUGUGGCAGUUGUUUGGUCCCUUCGGAGCGGUCAAUAACGUCAAGGUGAUCCGUGAUUUCAACACCAACAAGUGCAAGGGAUUUGGCUUUGUCACCAUGACCAACUACGACGAAGCCGCCAUGGCGAUUGCCAGCCUUAAUGGAUACCGUUUAGGAGACAGAGUAUUGCAAGUUUCCUUUAAAACCAAUAAAACCCACAAAUCCUGAAUUUCAUAUCCUUACUUACUAAAAUAUAUAUAUAUAAAUAUAUAUACGAACAAAAAAAGAAAUACAAACAAAAA